AUGGACGGCGACUGGGGCACGAAGGUUGACAGCCAGGAGGAUUUUUUGAAAGAGGGCAGGAGUUUCAAUAUAUUUGGAGGCGACGAUAUUGGGCUCAAUUUUGAUCUGGGCGAUUUUGAAAGUGGUGAGCCCGAUCUCGGUGUGAUGAGCAAUGAUUUUGAUACUUAUAUUCUGGAUAAUUUUUUGAACGAUGGAGGAGAUGCUGGGCAUGUAGGUAAGGUGGCAGAAGUAGAGGAUCUAGAGAUAGCAGAUAUUUGUGGAACCAAUAACGAUAAGGGAGCACAUAUACAGCCACAAUCGCAGUCGCACUCGCAAACGUUAUCGCACUCGCAAUCACAGCAACAAGCACAAAUACAGCCGCAGCCGCAACUGUUUAAUGAUAGGGCGUCGCUUGAUCUGUUAUCGUCUCCGCUGGGCGAGGCUCUGUGGAAGCAGCAGGAGGAGCUGCGGGAGGCGCUACGUAUACAGCAGGAGCUCAAUGCCCAGGUAGUUCAGAAGCUUGAUAAAACUGUUGAGCAGCAGGAGCAACUGCAGCGCGUGCUGCAGCAGCAAAAACAGCGCGCAUCGAGGGCGGACUACUCCUUAUCGCCUGCGCUGAGCGAUGCUGGAGCGGAUAAAGGCAACUACAUGGAUUACCUAAUGGCCGAUGGUGUUGAUCGUGCUGAUCGUGCUGAUAGUGGUGAUAGUGGUGAAAAUGCUGGUGGAUCUGGAUCUGGAUCUAGUAGCCAUUGUCGGGACAACAAGCACAAUGGCUCGCCAGUGAAGCGUGGGAAGUACGGGACGAACGGGAAGUACGGGACGAACGUACGAGUGAAGCUAGAUUUCGAGGAUGUAGUUAGUAAUGGUGCUGUGAACGGCGGCCAGCACUUAUCGGUGCUGUCCCCACAGAGCAGCAACAAGCUGAAUAUUAAGAAGGCUGCGCACCGGGCAGUUCCGUACACGCCCAAGUCUCGAGUGAGCUCGAUGACGUAUACGCCGUCGACGUUAUUGACACCUCAGCCGAACAAUGGCGCGGGGAAGUUUGACAAUGUGACGAUCUCGCCUGAGUCUGUGACAAUGUCUCCAGUGAUAGGGCUUGGGAUACACAGUGGUGCCGAUGCGGGAUUUUCGUUGAAGCCACCGCCAAUGGAUAUACUGCCCACGAUUCCCGGGUCCACGAGUGCUACGCCUGCGAAGCAAGGCAAUGGGCAAGCCCGAGGGUACUCUGGGCCUUCUGUCGGACUAUCAGCGGGGCCAACCCGUGCCAACGAUGGGUUUGAUAAGCUGGGAUCGGCGGAGGAUCUUCUGUUGGAAUACCCGGUAAAUCCCUCGCUGUCCCCGGAAGAGCUGGCGCCUGAAGUAGGCGGAGCGGGAGACGAGUACUCGCAGGGCCAGUUUCAGCUGGAGCGCACUGAGACCACGCUGUUACCGCCGGAGAUGUCCAGUCCCGUUCGGUACAGCGGUGCGAGUUCGUUGAAUGUCUCACCUGUGCUGAAGAGCCGGCAUGUGAAGAUGUCGCAGCCGGGGUCGCCAGUCCGGCUGACAUUGGGCCGCAGCUACCUUGACACUGACGAGGCGAGCGACGAAGACGAGAUUCUCAGCAGUCCUACGAAGAUUACGAGGAAGCUGACGACGCUUCCGCGCGGGAGCAUUGAUGUCUAUGUCAAGGAGCUUCCCGACCGGAUGUACGAGUGUUUGUAUCCGCAGUGUGGGAAGACGUUCAAGCGUCGGUACAACAUCCGGUCGCAUAUUCAGACGCACCUGGAGGACAGGCCCUACAGGUGCGACUAUGAUGGCUGCGACAAGGCCUUUGUUCGGAACCACGAUCUGGUACGGCACAAGAAGACGCACCAGGAGAAGAGCUACGCGUGCCCCUGUGGCAAGAUGUUCAACCGUGAGGAUGCGCUGGCGGUACACCGGAGUCGGAUGAUCUGCAUCGGAGGCAAGAAGUACGCGAACGUUGUGAUCAAGCGCUCGCCCAGAAAGCGCGGCAGGCCCAGAAAGGAAGAAGGCAGCCCUGUCAAGGAGAGCAUACGCCGAGACAGUCAGGGCCAGCUCAUCACCCGCAUGGAGAGGCAAUUGGCCCAAUAG